AUGUCGCUCGCCGGCGCAUGGAAACAAGCCGUGCAUGGACUGCUCGUCGGACGCACCGAUGCAGCCCAGGCACCUGCAUCACUCGCGACCUCGGCAGACGCCUACCUGGUGCUCACCGCGCACCUCGAGCCGUGCGCUCCGUCUCAGUGCCGCUUCUUCGACUCGGACUCUGGCGCAUUCCGUCUCGACUCCCACGCCAACAGCGCUCUUCAGGCGCUUCUUGAUCACCACUCUGCACAGCCAUCCAGCUCCAAGUCGCACCUCUCCACACCGAGCCCCGUCCUCGAAGCGCUCUCUUCCAACUACACGCAGCGUUGCCUGCGUGCCUUUGAUGCGGUAGCUGCAGACCGUGGCCUCGUCAUUAUCGACGAUUCCGGUCAAACGCAGUCCAAACUAGCUCCCCAUCUGCCCGCAAAGCUCGCAGCCAUCUCCACAUGGUUCCGCGUCUGGCUAUCGCCCUACAGCCCCGCAGCCAUCUUCGACGGCCUGCACGAGCACCGAAACCAACUGCUCCGCUCGCUGCAGGACCGACUGCGGCCCUUCAUUGACGCUGCAGCAGUGGAAGCGUUGCAGGUGCUCCUCGAGCAGCUGGUGGCAGAGCCGACGCAUGUCGACCUCUCGUCGUGCUUUGUCGCACAUGUUCAACUGGCUGGCGUGUCGAGUACCGUGCUGACGCUGCUGGGUCGGGUGGUGCAGCGCGAGAUUGGCCGCAAGGUGCAGGCGGUGGUGGAUGCGGUGGAUCCGGGUGCGCACGAUCAGGUGCUGCAGCUCGAGUCGGCAGCGCGGCCGGUACUUCAGCAGUGGCUGGACGAGCAUGCCAAGCCGCGCGUCCAGGCCAUCCGCCAACACUGCCUCGCACCGGACACACCUUCUUCGGACGCGAUGCAAGACUCGGACGGAGCGGAGAGCGCGACGUGGCUGUCUCGCCUCGACGUGCAGCUGGACGAGGCGCUGUGCGCGACGCGUGCCAACCAGCUGUUCGACCUGGUGGCCGUGUAUCCGGAGUCGGCGGCGGCGCUGCAGGAUCUACGGCUGAGCCUGCAGACGGCGGACCAGCGGCUGGGUGUGGCACGCAGGCUGGGCGAGGCGCUGCAGAUGCGGCUGCUGCAUCCGGGCGCGCAUACGCGCGACAUCAUCCAGAUGUACGUGCACCUCGUGCGCGCGCUGCGCGAGAUGGAUGCGACGGGCGUCGUGCUCUCGCGCGUCGUGUCGCCGCUGCGCCGCUACCUGCGUGCGCGCAAGGAUACGGUGCGCGUCAUCGUCGCGUCGAUGCUCGGCGACGAUCCGGACUUUACGCUGCUCAAGGACGAGCUGGAACGCGCGGAUGACGAGGAGCAGGAGCACGACGGCACCAAACGCAGGCGUCGAGCACGAAGGUCGCUCCAGACCACACAGCCCGCAUCGGCAGUGCAGCCGAAGCGACGCAAAGUCAAGCGCGGCGUGGCGAGGCGCAGGGUGGUGCAGGUCGAGGUGUCGGAUAGCGAUGCGUCGUCGGAUGAGGACUGGGACGAUCCCGACUGGGUGCCCAAGCCGGUGGAGGCGGGUAGCGGAUACCGCAUGUCGACGUCCAAGGACAUCCUCUCGAUGUUGACGAGCAUCUUUGACGACCGUACGGGCUUCAUUGCGGCGCUCGAGAAGAGCAUGGCCGACCAGCUGGUGCACGUCAAGGCGUACAAGGCCAUGGACGAGUAUCGCAACAACAUGAUCCUCAAGAAGCGCUUUGGCGACAAGAACAUGGGCAAGUGCGACGUCAUGCUCGGCGACGUCACCGAGUCGCGUCGCAUCGACAGCGAGAUCCACCACCGCCGUCGCAGCCAGGCUCCUACCGCUGCGGUUGGGGUGGAAGGCAUGGUGUCGCGGCUGCAUCCGCUGAUUGUGUCGCGUCAAUUUUGGCCGGAACCGACCAUUCAGCCCGGAGCGGCGGGCGUGGGCGACUUUACCCUGCCGCCGCUAUUCGGCCAUGCGCAGGAGGAGUACGGCAAGACGUUCAGCCAGACCAAGGCCAUGCGCAAACUGCACUGGCUCAACCAUCUGGGCUCGGUGGAGUUGGAGGUCGAGUUGGAUUCGGGCCAAUCCAUCGCGGUCGAGUGCUCGCUCAUCCAGGCAGCCGUGCUCGAGGUCAUCUCGCGCGCACAGGCGGCAGAGCGCACCGAGGCCCCCAAAGUCGUCACCCAGUCCGACGUGAUGGACCAACUCAACCUGCAGCGCGAAGCCGACGCUGCCGCCGCCCUCAACUUCUGGCUCGGCCAUGGUCUCAUCCAACCUCUCCCCGGCGUGCCCGACGCCUUUGUCGUUCAAUCCAGCCUUCCCGACGUCGACGCCGACGCUCACAGCCCUUAA